AUGGAUAACACGACCAUAUCUACAGCCAAUGCAGCCAUUGUGACCGUUUCUAUUCUAGAAUUUAUAAUGGGAGAAACUUUCAACGUGGGUAUCCUCGUGGUCAGCUCUGAAAACCUAAAAAGAGGAAACAACGUGGCUGAAUUAAUCUACUUUUUCAUGGGCUUUGCCAACAUAUUCAUCCAGGCCAUGCUGACCGUCCUGAAUCUGUUCUAUAACCACUGGCCUGAUUUGUUUAAUAAGAGGGAAGUUUAUUUGGCACUUUUCACGCUUUUUUCGUGUCUGAUGCAGUACAGCUCUUGGCUCACAGCCUGGCUUUGUGCCCAUUAUUGUAUCACAAUAGCCAACAUCAACCAUCCAGCUUUGGUGAGGCUGAAAAGAGUUCUCUCUUCUUUCCGGCUGCAUGUUUUCGUAAUGUCCAUAUUGCCAUUUGUACUUUGUCUUGUGCCUAUUUGGUUUGUUUCUGUGGCGUUAGAUGUGCAAUGCCCGGAUCUUUGUACCUUUUUGUCUACUUUUCAUGCCGUCCACGUGCUGAGCCCAGCUUACACUACUGUAAACCUUCUUGUCACUAGUAUUCUACCCUUUGCUCUAUCCUUUCUCUCUACUGGAAUCACAGCAUUUUCUCUGAUCAGACACAUGUGGAGAAUGAAGCAGAAGUCCUCUGGAAUGUUCCCACCCAACCUACAGGUGGUGAUCAAUGCUACAAAAACCAUGAUCCUGUUCCUUACUCUCUCUGUAAGCUUCUAUGUCUCUGAGCUGCUGAUAUUUUUAAUGACCAAGCUCGACAUCUCCCAAAUCCUAAGAGUGACAAGCUGGUUGGUGGUCAUGUCUUAUCCAACAGCCCAGGCCGCCAUCAUUAUCCAGGCCAAUUCCAAGAUGAAAACAUGGUUCCUAGGAAGGUUUUGUGCCUGGACUUUGGUGAAUAAAACCUGA